AAGAGGAAUGCUGCUGGAAGACUCCUCUGUCUGCUUGGGACUCAGUGGGGAGUAUACUGUUACAUGUACAACAAAACGUUGUUGUCAUUACCGCUGUUACUUAUUGCAUUUGUCAGUUGCUUUUGUUCUGGCUCAUGCCCAAAAUACAAGAGAUCAGUAUUUGGGCAAGUAAUUGUGCAGGCUUGGCAGCAGACAUACUGCUCAGGAGUCACAAUUCAGGCGUUCAGGAACAGGGCGAGAAGUUCAGAACUGGAUGGAAAUAACAAAUAUGUCCCAACAGGUUUCCCUGCCCCUCUUGCCAAGCUUUUGAAGAUGAGGUGUGGCACGCUCACUUGUGAGACUCUCUCACCUUGCUGGAAUGCCAAAACUGCCAGUCGCUGCUAUCCAGACACACCCCUUUUUGAAGAGACUAUUUAAGGAUGAGCUUGAGCACAGCACCCUCUCAAAGGCAGAGAGGCAGGGAUGCACAAAGUGAGGGGCUCAGGAUGUCUGACCACGACAGGGCAAGAACAACCUUCACCCUCAUUCUCUUUGUCCUGGGGCCUGGCUGGGCAGCAUCUGAGGCAUGCACGUACCCUUGCCAGUGCCCUGUGCAGGCACUCAGGUGCCCUGCUGGCACCAGCCUUUUGCUGGAUGGCUGCGGAUGCUGCAAAGUGUGUGCCAGGCAGCUCGGCGAGCUGUGCUCACUCCAGAAGCCUUGCGAUCACCACAAAGGGCUCUAUUGCGACUUCUCCAAGAUCCACAGAGACAGUGGCAUCUGCUUAGCUCAUGAAGGGGCGACCUGUGACCUGCUGGGCAAGAUCUACCUUAACGGAGAGAGCUUCCAGCCCAGUUGCAAACUGCGGUGCAUCUGCAUGGACGGCGCCAUUGGCUGCAUCCCCCUCUGCACAGACGGCAUGCGUCUCCCUUCCCCCGACUGCCCCUUCCCCCGGCGGGUGAAGGUGCAGAACAAGUGCUGUGAAGAGUGGGUCUGUGAAGGGGGCAGCCCAAAGAGCCACUACGGAAAGGGCAUGGCAGUUUACGGGAAAAACCCAGUUCGCAAGCCCAAGACGAAUCACCUCCAGGAGAACUGCUUGGUGCAGACCACAGAGUGGAGCGCCUGCUCCAAAACCUGUGGGAUGGGCAUCUCCACCCGGGUCACCAACAACAACCCCCAGUGCCGGCUGGAGAAGGAGAGCAGGCUUUGCCUUAUCCGGUACUGCAACGUCCCCUUGGAGAAGAGCAUCAAGAAGGGAAAGAAGUGUGUGCGGAACCCCAAGCCCCGCCGGGCGAUCCGCUUUGAGUUCACGGGCUGCACCAGCGCCCGCUCCUACCGGCCCAAGUUCUGCGGCAGCUGCACGGACGGGCAUUGCUGCACUCCGCACGUCACCAGCACCGCGGAGGUGGAGUUCCAGUGCCCGGAGGGAGACUCCUUUGCACGCAAGAUGAUGGUCAUCCGCUCCUGCUCCUGCCACCACGACUGCCCCGCGGACAACGACAUCUUCCUGGCCACCUACCACCGGCGCAUGAUUGGGGACCACGUCAAGCUCGAGAGGCAGUAGAGCCCCUCCCCAUGCCACCUCCGUGAUGCAGGCUGGUAGAGAUGGCACUGGCUGUUUCCUGGGAUGCUGCUUCUGCUGCUGGGAGAAUCAGGGGAUGGAGGAGGGUGACCUCAGGAGACUGGAAGGCAUGUGAGUCCAGGCACUACAUAGUCCUCUAUGGCAGGAGUGCCCAGCUUUCUCAGACCCAGGACUCUCCUUACAACCAAAUGUGCAUUUGGGGGUCCAGUUCUUGUUCCCUUUUUUUUUUACCA